GACCAGCCGGUGGAGGCGGCGCAGCUCCGGCGCCACGGCAACCACUGUUCGGUUCGAUGCCAUGACAACCACGGCAAGUUCAUGGCGGAACCCUCAACACCGGCAGUAGCUGUCAGACCUGAACAGCACGGAACAAGCCAUCCGCCGAACCUGGGAAGCGGCAGCACAAGACUGGAACCUGUCCACAUAUCUUUGAAUUGUUCUACACACUGAAAACUUUCAAGUAUUUGCCACAUUCACUCCAGUCAAGGGGAGCUCUCUCUCAGGAUCUAUUCAUGAACAGCCAUUCUACACCCCCAAAAUGUUCUCAUUAUACAGUGCUUUUGGGCUUCUUGCUGUGACUGUGAAUGUCAUCAAGACCUCAAAUUCUGGGUAAACAUAAAGUUUGGCAACGGCAUUAUUUUUUUUUCUGAAGAACAAUUCUAAGAAGAGCAGUUCUACGAAAUGAGCACGUAUUGAGCGGGCACAGUGUUGGUACUCCUUACCACUGGAGCUCCAGGUCCAAAGUUCUCAUGCUGUUCCCCUACCUCUUGCUCCUCUGCUUUCCUGUUUCAACCAAAGGGCCAAGCUGAAGCUCAGUGGGUCUAGCACUGAUGAGAAUCGUCUGAUAGCUGAGCUCCGACCACCGAAGGAAUACAGAAUCCGCACCAUUGCAUCCUCGUCUAUCCCUGUAAUUAAAUGCUAAUAUAGGCAAUGUGCAACAGCUAAGUCAGCCAGCUCAUCCAUCGCACCGGAGUCCAAUGGCCCAACUGUACUACAAGAAGGCCCAGCCUUCGCCCUACCGUGACCGCAUCCCGCUGCAGGUGGUGCGGGCAGAGCUGGAGCUGUCAGCAGAGGAGAAGGCCUACCUGAUGGCCGUGGAGAAGGGGGACUAUGUGGGCGUCCAGCAGGCCCUCCGGGGGGCCGAGCUCUAUUACGACAUCGACAUCAACUGUGCCGACCCGCUGGGACGCACGGCGCUGCUCAUCGCCAUUGAGAAUGAGAACCUGGAGGUGAUGGAGCUCCUGCUGGAGCAUGGCGUACGGCUGGGCGAUGCGCUCCUCUAUGCCAUUCGCAAGGAGGUGGUGGGAGCUGUGGAGCUGCUGAUGUCCCACCGCCGGCCUAGUGGCGAGAAGCAGGUCCCUCCGCUGAUGGACAUCCAGUUUUCCGAGUUCACCCCGGACAUAACGCCUAUCAUGCUGGCUGCGCACACCAACAACUAUGAGAUCAUCAAGUUGCUGGUGCAGCGCGAGGUGACCCUGCCGCGGCCGCACCGCAUCCACUGUGCAUGCGUGGAGUGCAUCUCCAGCUCCGAGGCCGACAGCCUGCGCCACUCCCGCUCUCGCCUCAACGUCUACCGGGCGCUGGCCAGCCCCUCACUCAUCGCCCUCUCCAGCGAGGACCCCAUCCUCACCGCUUUCCGCCUGGGCUGGGAGCUCAAGGAGCUCAGCAAGGUGGAGAACGAGUUCCGGCAGGAGUAUGAGGAGCUCUCCCAGCAGUGUAAGCGCUUUGCCAAGGACCUGCUGGACCAGGCACGCAGCUCCCGUGAGCUGGAGACCAUCCUGCACCACGAUGCUGACCAGGCCGAAGACCCGGGCGGGAGCCCGGACAGCCACGACCUGGCCAAGCUCAAGCUGGCAAUCAAGUACCAGCAGAAGGAGUUUGUGGCUCAGCCCAACUGUCAGCAGCUCCUGGCCACACUGUGGUACGACGGCUUCCCUGGAUGGCGCCGACGACACUGGGCAGUGAAGCUUCUGACCUGUGCCACUAUAGGCCUGCUCUUCCCCUUGCUGUCCCUGAUCUACCUGCUGGCACCCCGGAGCACACUGAGCCUCUUCCUUAGGAAGCCUUUCAUCAAGUUCAUCUGCCACACAGCCUCCUACCUGACCUUCCUCUUCCUCCUGCUGCUGGCAUCACAGCAUAUCGCCCGCACCAACCUGCAUGUCCAAGGUCCUCCGCCUACGCUGGUGGAGUGGAUGAUCCUGCCCUGGGUACUCGGGUUCAUCUGGGCAGAGAUUAAGGAGAUGUGGUCCGGGGGCUUCACAGAGUACAUCCACGACUGGUGGAACCUGAUGGACUUUGCCAUGAACUCCCUCUACCUGGCCACCAUCUCCCUCAAGAUCGUGGCAUAUGUCAAGUACAACAGUUCACGACCACGGGAGGAGUGGGAGAUGUGGCACCCAACGCUGAUCGCUGAAGCCCUGUUCGCCAUCGCCAAUAUCUUCAGCUCUCUGCGGUUGAUCUCUCUCUUCACGGCUAACUCGCACCUGGGCCCACUGCAGAUCUCUCUGGGCCGCAUGCUGCUUGAUAUCCUCAAGUUCCUCUUCAUCUACUGCCUGGUGCUUUUGGCCUUUGCCAACGGCCUCAACCAGCUAUACUUCUACUAUGAAACGCAGGCAGCUGAUGAGCCCAACCACUGCAAAGGCAUCCGCUGUGAGAAGCAGAACAACGCCUUCUCCACGCUAUUUGAGACCCUGCAGUCCCUGUUCUGGUCAAUUUUCGGCCUGAUAAACCUCUACGUCACCAAUGUUAAGGCUCGGCAUGAGUUUACAGAGUUUGUGGGAGCCACCAUGUUUGGGACCUACAACGUCAUCUCCUUGGUGGUGCUGCUCAACAUGCUCAUCGCCAUGAUGAACAACUCCUACCAGCUAAUCGCUGACCACGCAGACAUUGAGUGGAAAUUUGCACGGACCAAACUGUGGAUGAGCUACUUCGAUGAGGGGGGCACCCUCCCCCCACCUUUCAACAUUGUGCCCAGCCCCAAGUCAGUGUGGUACCUGUGCAUCUGGGCCCACGGGCGGCUGUGCAAACGGCAGGCGCCUCCACAUCCCGACAACCUCAAGGAGUUCACUGAUCGCCAUGCCGACAGCCUAAUACAGAAUCAGCAUUAUCAGGAAGUAAUUCGGAGCCUAGUAAAGCGGUAUGUGGCUGCCAUGAUCCGAAGCUCCAAGACAGACGAAGGGCUGACAGAGGAGAAUUUUAAGGAGCUAAAGCAGGACAUUUCAAGCUUUCGCUACGAGGUCCUGGAUCUACUGGGGAACCGCAAGCCUCCACGCCAGACCUACACCUCCAACAAUGAGACCACAAAAGCAAAUGCCAAUGAAGCCGUGGACGGUCAGGCAUGGGGAACAGGUGGGAAUCCAGGUGAAGGAAAAAACUGGGCCAAGCCUAAGAGUGUGUCCUUCAGGCUGUCGAACUCCAAGACAGCAAAGUGGGAUUCAGUCUUCAGUGUCUCUGCCCUUUUUAAAUCCAUGACAGGAAUGGAGGUGCAAACAACAGUGGACAAAGCUAAAUGCAACGGAGUACGAAAGUCCUCCUCAUUUUCACCCUCCUCCUCACUGGCCAGCAAUAGAGGAAAACUGCGGCGUUUGUCUGGAUCCAGGAGGAACUCCUUCAGGCAGCUUGGCCGGCUUUUCUCCCACACAACCACUGGCCUACCAGGCGUUCACCCUGGACCUGUCCACAGCACUUCAGAUGGACUGUCACAGCCUACUGCAGUGUUGCAGGACCAUAGGCCUAUUGCCAUCGAGCAGGUGACACACAGCGAGAUGCACCUCAACCAGGUAGGUCUGGAUUCCCAGACCAAUGGACAGGGUACCUUACCUCCAUUACCCCCCCUGGGCUUACCCCCUUCCCUGCACUGUGCUUCCAGCUUCACUGCCUCCAGUGCUCGCCUUCAUAACUCUAACGACGUUGUUUCUGUGGGCUGCUCAGGACCCUCUGAUAGGAAAGACGCCUCAUUCAUUUGGGAGAACCAAGAGGACUCUAUUACUACCCACCUGUAGGAACAAUAUGGCAGUGGUGGGGUGAAGAGCCUGUUGAAUUACUAACCAGGGCUGGAGGCUAAUCUUCGGAAGCGGUAAACAAAUUAUUGUUUGCUUAGAAGUAUGAAGACAAUAAAAAAUUUAUAGAUAAGUAAAGAGCUUAAUAAAUCCACUUGCAGUGAUACUAACAAGCAAGUCCUUGAGAUUUAUAUUUGCCUGCCUGCCUCCAUCAGCUUUGUUCCUGUCAUUUAGGACAUAAACACCUGCAUUCACAAACAUACCCAAAUAUACUUCUGUUUGCCUUGUACAUGUUUGAUUUUGUAUGUUCUUGUUUGGGUCAUUGGGUACCCCAGGGAACAUCAGAACUGCGCCGAAGGUGGCUUUGUUCCAUGGAUCAUGCGAUGGCUGUUCCACAUGUCAAGCCAGUACAUAGAUGUGUUAUCUGGGAUGCAAAAGUAUUUGUCUCUUGCCAAAAAAGUCUAUGGUAUUCAAAUAGAAAGCAUGCUUUUGCUAUCUCUAUCUAUGAAAAUAUCCCCCAUUAAUGGAAUAGCAGUUUGUCGCUUGUGUCAUCCACAGAAGGAUGGACUUUAGUAGCAAAUGAGUACAUAUUCUGAAUUUUAAUACGAAAUGGAUGAUGUUAACAUAUGAAAUCUUAGUUCUGAGAUUCAGUCCUCAUUUGUGAACCCAACUCUGUCAUCCGAGUCAACAGUUGGUCAGGGGUAUGAGAGAAUGUGUGAGCUGAGGUGGCAGACUGCCUAAAGCAAGAUGAAUUUUAAUGAGUGACGAGAAUUGCAGGAGGGAAGCUCGCAAACACCCACUUCUCCUUCCGAAUUACACGCUGUUCAGUCUUCACUUGCUAAGAAGGCCUUGUUGAUAGCCCGUUCCUGACAGUACAGGUCACUUGCACUGCUGAAAUGAGCCUUAUUUUUUCCCCGCAAACGGCUGAAAACUGUUAUGAUGGGGAGCUGAUAUUUUAUGCAAAACCACCCGGUUGUGUGCGGCGUCAGACUCGAGAUGCUAUCAGAUGCAGGUGGUGAUCUCUUUGGUUUAUCUGGCAGAAGACAAGUGGUGACUAAUGCCAGGAUAUUUUGCUGUGUUCUAGAAUGAUAAUUAUUUGUGGGAAGAUUGGAAGUCAAGGUAUAGUCGUUAUGGUGAAGUCAAAUCUGAAUUUAUGUGAAGUGGCCCUCAGACAUAUUCUGCAAUAAGACUGCAUUGUGGCUGAUAUGGAAAUACACAAAUGCACAUCACAAAUACAUGAUGUUAUGAUCUAGUAAUAUUACAUUAUAAUUUGAACUGCAGUGUUGGAAUUUCAAAAAUUUGAACUAUAUGGUUUAUUGCAGUGUAAUUUAAAGAAUGGCAUCAGGGUACAACUAUUUUUUUAUUAAGCUACUUUUAACAUUCACUUUUACACAAUAUAGUGCCCAAGCUAUCCCAAGCUAUCUGAAUAAAAAGAAACGCUAAAGAACAUUCAUUUUCAAAUUGAACAAAAAACCUUUUUAAAAAAUAGUGAUAGUCCAAGUAUAUCUUUGGGAAAGCUGGGGGAUCUAGUGAAAGGAAAAAAUGGAAGGAAUUAAAUAACAUGAGUGUGGGACAGAUAAGAGAGGAAAUGGUGAGCGAGAUGGUAUUGAAGUGGAGAGAUGGGCACUCAUACACACACACACACACACACACACACACACACACACACACACACACAUACACACACACACACACACAUACACAUAUACACACACACACACACACACACACACACACACACAUACACAUAUACACACACACACACACACACACACACACAUACACACACACACACACACACACACACACACACACACACACACACACACACACAUAUAUAUAUGUAUUUCUGGCAUUUUGCUGCAUUUCAACAAUUAUUCAGUUCUAUCUCCAUAUACAGUCCUGAACAAAAUCUUAAGACCAGGCAAAAAAAUACAAGUAUUCGCAUUUCGCACUGGUGGUUCAUAACCAGGUUGUAAAUAGAGCUUUGAAAUGCAAAAAGAAGUAACAGGAGCAAAACACAAAAAAUAGAGUCUAGGCAAUUUCUUGAAAACUGCACUUAAACUCAAACAGGCUGCUCAUCAGCUGAUCAAAAGUUUAAGACUGUAGCCCAAAAAGAGCCCAAAAACAGAAGCCAUAGCCAGUAGCCCCUUGAUGCUCCUGCACAACCUGCAGUGCCAUUGUUCCAUUGAAGGAAAAAGCUCCUCAGACCAUGAUGGAGCCUCCUCCACUGUGCCACGUAGAAAACAUCUCCAGUGGGAUCUCCUUCUCAUGCCAGUAAUGUUGGAAACCAUCCAGGUUACAUUUUUUCUCGUCAGAGAAUGAAACUUUCUUCUGCCUUUCGAUGUCCCAUGUUUGGUGCUCUUUUGCAAAGUCCAAACAGGCAGGUUUGUGACGUGGACGGAGACGUGGCCUUUGAAGUUCUUCAAGCUCUUCUUUUGCAGACGCUCUCUCAUGGUUAUUGGGUUGCAGUUGGCAUCAGUAAGGGCCUGUAUUCGGGUUGAAGAUCGGCCUGUGUCUUCACAGACAGCCCGUCUAAUCGUCUGGCUCAGCGCAGGUGAAAUGUUUUUGGGGUCUACCACUUGACUUUUUCAUCCCAUAACCCUCAGGAUCUUUUAAGAAAUUUAAAAUGACUUUCUUACUGCGUCCAACCUUGGCAGAGAUGGAGUUUUGCGAGAGGCUUUGCUUGUACAGCUCAACAAUCCUGCCACAUUCAAAGACAGGAAGCCUUUUUGCCAUCAGGAGGUCAUGACAGUGUGACUGAAAAUGACAUGAAAGCCAGAUUUUUACGCAGAUUCUGCCUUUUAAAGGCUACGGUCUUAAACCUUUGAUCAGCUGAUGAGCAGCCUGUUUGAGUUUAAAUGCUGUUUUCAAUAAAUUGCCUAAACUCUAUUUUCUGUCCCUUGCUCCUGUUUCUUCUGUACAAGCUGGUUACGCACUGGUUACGCACUGGUUACGCACUGGUUACGCACUGGUUACCAGUGGGAAAUGCGAAUAUUUGUAAAGUCUUAAGAUUUUGUUCAGGACUGUAUGUACUCUGACAGCACUACAUUAUACAGAAAUGGUGUGGUCUGUUUAAUGUACGUGGUUUACGAAUAGAAGAAAAGACUGAGAAAUGGUCAGCUGCUUGUGUUCAAAACAUCUUAAGAAGUACAUCAGUGAACUGUUAAACUGUUGAUAAUCUUUUGCCAUGAUGAUUUUUUUUUUAUAAUAAAUUGCAAUAAAUCUUAUUAUCCUCUCCAAAGCUCUGCUGUACUCAUUUAAACAAGAGCAGCAGCAGAAAAUGAAUGAAUAAAUGAAGAUUUUCAGAGAAAUUUGAGCUCUAUUAACAAGUGUUACGAAAAAGUCCCAUAAAAACAUUUGUAGACCAACAGUGCAAAUAAGACUGAUUAAUAAAUAUAAAAUGACAGUUAUCUUCCUACACAGGUGACCAUUUGUGCAUCCCCAUUGUGACAAAUAUGGAAGAGUGAGUUCUAAAUAGGUAACCCCUGUGCCUGGUUUAAGACAAGGACUUGGCUCUUGGAAGAUGAAGGGCUUUCCAUGCAAUUCAGCAAACAUGUGACUGAAAGUGCAUCAUACCUGAUUUAUAUAUAAUGCUGCCCAUCCUGUCACGGGACUUCACCGAUGUGCCCCCAGCACCCAGAUGCACAACAGAUGACAUAAAAUUUAAAAUUUUAAUAAAUCCACUUUAAAUAAAUUAGGACAUAUCUGGUAUUCAGAAUUAUAGGUUCACAGUGUCAUGUUCAUUUAAAACUGAUUCAUCUUUUAUUGCUCUUUGCUGUAUUACUACUAUUAUUAUUAUUAUUAUUAUUAUUAUUAUUAUUAUUAAUUUGUGUUUAUUUCUGUGUUUUUGCCAUUGAUAAAUGACUAUUUACUAGUCAUUCCUCCAUCAGUAGGCUGCGUAUUCAUUUUGGCAGCACUUGCGUAUCUUCGAUGUGGCAAUAAAGCUUUUUGACUUAAACGUAACUCAUCUGAACGCAGCGUAGCACAUCAUUCCUCUCAAAAGACAAACCAUGGACUAAUGUUAAUACGUGUGUGUUCCUGAUAAUCUACGUGAGGGUCCCUGCUUUGCUGUCAUUCGGGGAUGGCACCCGAUAUGAAAUCAUCAGUGAUCAAAAUUGUAAAAAGUAGCUUCAAAGAUGCCCAGCUUGGUCUUUACUUUUGAGCUGCGUAACGAAUCUGAAUUGUUUCAGUAAAUACAGAAUUCUAUCAAACUAAUUACCUGUAAGUUAUCUAGGUAAGAAUGUUUGUAA